AUGAGUUUCGGCUUCAGCAUUGGUGAUUUUGUAACUGUGAUUGAUCGAGCCAACAUCAUUCGAAGAAACUUCGUUGGUGCGCCUGCUCAAUUUAAGGCUCUCUCCGAUGAGUACUGCGCUACCGUGUUGCUGGUCAGGAACCUUACCAUCGUCAUAAAUGAUAUCAAAAUCAAUUUAUCUGGUACCACUCUUUGCAAUGCUCAGGAAACGAGGCUGCAAGAAAUAGCAGUCAGCUGCAGUAACGUUCUCACUGGAAUUGAGAAGACUAUUGAGCGAUACUCCGCGAUAGACGCCCCGCAUAGUUUCAAAAGGAUCUGGAAACGUCUCAAAUGGGAACCAGACGAUGCUAGUGAUCUUAGAAAUCGUCUUUGCAGUAAUAUUGGCCUUCUGAAUGCUAUCAACGGGCGGAUGACUCGCGACGGUGUCUUGGAUUUACUAAAGUAUAAAAGCAACGAAGAAAACCAACAGUGUCUUGACUGGUUAUCGCCAACGAAUUAUGCGAUACAGCAGAGUAACUUUAUCGGUCGGCGCCAACAAGGGACAGGAGGGUGGCUUCCAGAGUCACUCAAAUUUCAAGUAUGGCUCGAAAGACCACAGCAAACAUUAUUCUGUCCAGGUAUUCCUGGAGCUGGCAAGACAAUUAUUGCAUCGAUUGUAAUCAAUGAGUUGGAGAUUCGAUUUGGAAAUGACCGCGACGUCGGCAUUGCAUAUCUUUUCUGCAGUUUUGAACAUUAUGACGAUCAAAUACAGAAAGCAGAAAGCUUACUAGCAAGCAUACUUCGUCAGCUGGCUCAAUGCCUGGGUUUAAUUCCAGAGAGUGUUAUAGCCUUGCACGCUAAGCACAAGGCCAAAGGAUCACGACCUUCGUUUAAUGAAAUUUCUAAGGCCCUACGGUCGAUUGUGAGUGGUUUAACCCGUGUCUUCAUUGUCAUUGAUGCAUUGGACGAGUGCAACACUCUUGCAAUAUCACCAAUAUUGGACGAAUUCUUUGAUAUUCAGUUAACGACUAGAUUGAACAUUUUGGCAACAUCGAGGUUUGUCCCCGAGAUAAUGGCUAGGUUUCAGAAAAUGCCUUCUCAAGAAAUCCGGGCAACAAACCCAGAUGUGAUGGUCUAUCUCAAUACCAAUUUGAGGAAACUCCCAGCCUUUGUGUCGAGAAACCAACCGCUUCAACAAGAGAUCGUAAAAAAGAUCACCGCUGCCGCUGAUGGAAUGUUUCUUCUUGCGCAGCUUCAUCUGGACUCGCUGAGCGAAAAACGCUCUGAAAGAGCAAUAAAACGUGAGCUCGAGGGGCUAGCAAGAAGCUCUCAAACAUAUGACACAGCAUACGAUAAGACUAUGAAGAGAAUCGAAGGCCAGGGCUCGGAUAGGAGAAAUAUGGCAAUAGAAGCGUUGUCUUGGGUAACUUGCGCCAGAAGACCGUUGACAAGGUUGGAGCUACUACAGGCCCUUGCCGUGGAGCUUGGUGAAUCCUCAUUUCAUGAGGACAACCUUCCCGAUAUCGAGGACAUCAUUUCUGUUUGUGCAGGCUUGAUCACAAUAACAUCGGAUCCUUCAGGGGAUAUAAUUCGAUUGGUCCACUACACCACCAAGGAGUACUUUGAACGCAAGUGGACUCGCUGGUUCGCAGAUGCACAUAAUAGGAUUGCGACGAUUUGGUUCACCGGCCUGCAUCUGGCUGCAUAUUUUGGGCUUGAACGGGUGGUGCAGACCUUGAUCCAACAUUGCGACCAAUCUCAUGUGGUGGAUUCAACGGGCAGAACACCCUUCAUGUGGGCGAUACACGCUGGCCAUAACGAGGUUGUCAAGCUCUUCUUGGAGAACUUUGUUAAUGCACACGUACGUGAUAGAAUGGGUCGAACGCCUAUCUCUUUGGCCGCCUCGGUGGGCUGCGUUUACGUCGUAAACCUUCUUCUUGAUUACGAUGUCAAUCCAGACUCCACGGAUAUCGAUUGUCAGACCCCUCUUUCAUGGGCGGCGUAUCGAGGUUACAAUGAGAUCGCCCAACUUCUCGUCAGGAGAGGUGCCAAUCCUGAUCCGAAAGACGAGUAUGGCAAAACACCUCUUUCAUGGGCGGCUGCCGAUGGGUGGGUGGAAAUUGUUCAUUUUCUACUGCAACAAGCCGUUGAGGUAGAUUCUAAAGAUGAGCUCGGCCGGACACCAAUUUCCUGGGCUGCAGAAAAUGGUCAUACCGCUGUGGUUAGGCUCUUGUUGGAGAAAGGUGCCUCGCCAGACUCGAAGGAUGUAGAGGGGCACACUCCUUUAUUCUGGGCAAUCCACUAUGGCCAUGAGGCCGUUAUCCGGCUUUUCCAAAUGAGGCCUAUCAGCUUAAACCCGUGGAUUCCGUUUUGCGCAAAAGCCAAAAAGAAGAGUCCCCACCUUCGGAAUGCCCGCUUUGCCAAAGAUGUCGAUUUGAGAAGUGUCAUUGACUGGCUGGACGAUAUUCCUAAUACGGAGCCUGUUGUCGUGCCUCGACGUGAAGAAAUGGCGUUUAUAGUGGAUGCUUAUGGAAAGAAGCGGGACAACCAACGGUCUGCUACGCAGGAGAGUCUUUAUAGCAAGCGAAUCUCUUCCAGCAGCUAUGGGCGUGCAAGAUUUGGUGCCGCUAUGCCCUCCGUGAAGCGUGGCACGAAGCGAGUGAACACGAAGAUGCCCACGGCGAAGGAUCCUAUGAUAUUGGGACCAAAAUCCAGCCAGCCAGAGUCUUGUCUGGCAACCAACCGGUUAGUCAACGUGGUCGACACCUUGACCCCUGCAUUGAAAGGCACCAAGGCACCGAUCGACGCACUUCCAUCAGAUUCGCCGUGGCCGAUGACAUAA